UCAGAAAGAUCAGGGUGAGGAUCUGUUCCCCCACGUGGUGGUUCAGUCUGUGUCAGGCACGGAAGAGAAGCAAGACCUCAGGAGACCCCGGACCCCCACCUCUGUACCCUGGAACAACCAGAAUGAGAGAAAUUGUGGGUUCCACUGAGAUAACUGUGGAUAUUUCCUCGAGUGAAAACCAAGGUACCCAGUUAGGAAGGGCUGUGACAUCUGACACCUCAGGAAACCCACCCAACAAGCUGCAAAGAUUCCUGAAGGAAAAUCUCAAACAACUGGGGGUGGCUCAGAUAAUGAUUGGUGUGACAUUCAUCUUCUAUGGGAUCAUUGGAAUUAUGGUUCUCCAUUUCACAAUACACAAAAUCAGUUUCUACUCAUUUAAGAUAGGCUUCCCCGUAUGGGCAGCUUUAGCUUUUAUCAUUUCUGGAUCUGUGACAGUUGUGUCUGCAAAGAAGCGAACAAAAGCUCUGCUGAGAGGAAAUGUGAGAGCUAACACUCUCAGCACAAUUGUUUCCGGCAUUGGAAUUCUUAUUCUCUCAACCAACUUAAUAAAAAUACUCUUCCUGGAUUGUGACAGAGAUUUAUGUUCUGAUAUCAAAUCAGUUGCAACUGGUCUCGUGGUUAUACUGAUGAUACUAAACUGUCUGCAAUUUUCAAUUACGCUUUCCCUGUCCAUACUCAGCUAUAAUACGGAGGGUGAGAAAAUUGAUCGGGCUUCAGAAGGUCCUUACCAAGACUUGCUGCCUCAGCUUUCAUUCUACAAAAACCUUGAGAAGGACGCAGUUUUGUACUAUAACACCUGAGACAGAAGUACGGAUGUGAGAACAUGCUUCUGUAACCUGCAGUCAUGGGGAUGGAAACAGAAAAAUUAAAUAUACAGUCAAAAGCUUGUUUAGAUCCUCUUUUGUUGACCACGUUCUAUCAGUCAGCAUAGACGAUGGUUCCAUAUAAUAAGAUCUAAUCCCUGAAACACUUCCUGUGCUUUUCAUAAUUUGAUCAUAUUAGUUCAUAUUCCCUGGGACCUAAUAGGCCAACAGGUGCCCCCGCCAAUUAAAAUCAUGUGAAACCAAAACAGAUUAAAGGAUUAGGCUGCGACUCAGUAGAGGCUUGAGUACAGGUGAAAGACAAGUUUAUACCACGUGCCAUCAUUGCCAUCAUGUCUAACCGAUAAAGCUUCUAAU